CCUGAUCAGAAAGACUUGAUCAAUACAAACACAUCUGUGAAAACUAACUGUCAAAGCAGUGACUCAGUUCUCUUACAAAACAGAAAUUGCAACAAGAAAAGAAGCUCAGGUACGCCCCCUCCCCCCCGUGUGGAUGUCUGAUGGGCUUGCCCACCUUGAGGACCUGCCCCGGUGGAUUAAAGGGUUACAUAUCGUUGGUUUUAACCUGGACUAAAGUACCCAGAGACACUAGUUCAUCACAAGACAAUGUGGAGGUUCUUGGUGCUCACUCUCGCGCUCUCUGUUAGAGCCUCAGAAACCAAUGACACUGCAGUGGAGGAGAAGCUGGUCAUAGCCCGAGGUAAAAUGAUGGCUCCCAGUGUGGUCGGAUGAGCCAUCAAGAAAAUGCCGGAGCUCCAUCAUUUUCUCCUGGAGCGACUGGCUUUAUACCACAACUUAGAAUACGAUUCAUCUGAGGAGAAGAACCCCCGUCUUAUUUUCUUUAAUGAAAAGGACGAAGUUGUACAGACUGUCCCUGUGAAAGAAAUGAAGGCGGACGAGAUCAGCAGCCUGCUGGAGUCGCUCGGGUUCUACCGAAGGUCCGAGAAGGGGGAAGAGGUGCCGGAAGAGUUCCAGCACUUCCCCCUGCGAGUCCCCAGGGACGAGCUGUGAUGACAGCUUGUGGCCGAACUCCGCCUCCGCAGCCCGGUCACAUGAAUGACGAGUGGAGCUCCAAGGCCGAAGCAGCGAGCCAGGCUCCACUCUGAGGACUCGCCGGCUGGGCGCGGUGUGCAGAGUGCCGUCAUCAAUCUGUCAUACUCUUUAUUUUAUACAUUUAAAUAAAAGAUCUUAAAAC